CACAAGACGGCCCGAAUAGCCUGUGCCACAUUCUGAGACAUGGCGCGCCCGGGAUCAGCGCUGCUGUGCGUGGCGGCUGCCACUGUUCUGGUGGCAGCCGCGGUGGCCUUCGUGGGCAGCCCGGCGGGGACCCAUGCUCCGAGCACCGGCCGCAGCGUCGAGCUUGGCAGCCGGGCACUGCCACCGGCCGCUGAGUCUGCCGCAGCAAGCGGCGAGGCAGCUGCGGAGCAGUCUGGCGCCGAGUCCUUCAUGAAGUGGACUGCGGCGGGGCUCUUGGCCGGCCUCGUCAUGGCUGUGUCCUCCAGCACCCCUGCCAGCGCCCUGCCGAAGCCGACUGACAUGUUUGGGGGAGUCGACAUCGACCUGGAGAACACCCCAGAGCACUGGACCAUCAAGGCAUCCAAGAGGCUGGAGCUUUGCAAGGACAACAAGGCCUACAAGAAGAAGUUCAAGGAUGAGCUGUACAAGACGGAGAAGCAGCAGAAGAAGUAUGCCACUGGCUCUGCCGUGUACGCUCGCUUCAACAAGAAAAUCGCUCAGAUCAAGAACCGCCAGGAGGCCUACGGUGACAGGCUGUGCGGCAAGCAGGACGGCAACCCUCGCGUCGUUGCCACGGGCGAGUGGAACGUGCGGGCCAGUGUGAUGUGGCCGGCCAGCAUCUUCCUGUACACUGCAGGCUGGAUCGGCUGGGCGGGCCGCUCCUACCUCAUCCGCACCAACGACGAGACCAAGGAGCUGAACAUCGACGUGCCCUUGGCGCUGACCUGCAUGGCCAGUGGCUUCUCUUGGCCUGUGGCGGCAUGGCAGGAGAUCGUGAACGGCGAGAUGGCCGUGCCCAGCUCCCAGAUCCACCCUGGCGGCCCCUACACGCAGUCCUGAGGUCCCAGUUUCUUAAAGCCGAGCGUUUUUUCUGGAAGCCUCGGAAAAAUGCUCGGCGGUGCGAGAGGCAGACUUGGCAGCGGGUGUCGUGCUGUUGGGGGCAAAACCGUCGGGUUC